GUGCCUGUGUCUACUCACCGGUCAGGACAUUUAUGGAUGCAGAUCAACACUCUCAGACUCCAGAACUCUGAGGAUUGCCAUAGAUUGGAUUUCCUUUCUACUAUUAUUAUUUUAUUUCAGUUUAUUUUAUCAUUUUGUGGCAAGAAAAGCUGAAGAAACAUGCUCUUUUUCAGCUGCCCAUGGGAAGAUACGUUUUAAUCUGAGAUGGAAUAAUGGCUUUAGGCUUGAGGAGCAAAUCUGGAAUGGGAAUUCAGACUGCACACGUCCUGGUAGGCUUCUGGUCGUGACAGAUGAGACAUGAGAUCUUCAGCAUCCAGGCUUUCAAGCUUUUCUUCAAGAGAUUCACUAUGGAAUCGGAUCAUGCCGGACCAGAUCACCGUGUCGGAGUUCAUCGCCGAGACCACAGAGGAUUACAACUCCCCGACCACCUCCAGCUUCACCACCCGGCUGCAGAACUGCAGGAACACGGUCACCCUGCUGGAAGAGGCAUUGGAUCAAGACAGAACUGCACUACAGAAGGUGAAAAAAUCUGUGAAAGCAAUAUACAGUUCGGGGCAAGAUCAUGUUCAAAAUGAGGAAAACUAUGCACAAGUACUAGAUAAAUUUGGAAGUAAUUUUUUAAGUCGGGAUAAUCCAGAUCUUGGCACAGCUUUUGUAAAAUUUUCCACGCUUACUAAAGAAUUAUCAACGCUGUUGAAGAACCUGCUCCAGGGUUUAAGCCACAAUGUUAUUUUCACUUUGGAUUCUCUCUUAAAAGGAGACUUAAAAGGUGUUAAAGGGGACCUCAAAAAGCCUUUUGACAAAGCCUGGAAGGAUUAUGAAACCAAAUUUACAAAGAUUGAAAAGGAAAAAAGAGAACAUGCCAAACAGCAUGGGAUGAUAAGAACUGAAAUAACGGGAGCUGAGAUAGCAGAGGAAAUGGAGAAGGAAAGGCGGCUGUUUCAGCUACAGAUGUGUGAAUAUCUUAUCAAGGUUAAUGAAAUAAAGACGAAAAAGGGUGUGGACCUUCUGCAGAACCUUAUUAAGUAUUAUCAUGCACAAUGCAAUUUCUUCCAAGAUGGCUUGAAAACAGCUGAUAAACUUAAACAAUAUAUUGAAAAGCUGGCUGCGGACUUAUAUAAUAUAAAGCAGACACAAGAUGAAGAAAAGAAACAACUCACUGCUCUUCGUGAUUUGAUAAAAUCUUCUCUGCAGCUUGAUCAGAAGGAGGAUUCACAGAGCAGGCAAGGAGGAUAUAGUAUGCAUCAACUUCAGGGGAAUAAGGAAUAUGGCAGUGAGAAGAAAGGUUAUCUUUUAAAGAAGAGUGAUGGGUUAAGGAAAGUAUGGCAAAGAAGGAAGUGUACUGUUAAAAAUGGAAUUCUUACCAUAUCACAUGCAACGUCCAACAGGCAACCAGCUAAACUGAAUUUAUUGACCUGCCAGGUGAAGCCAAAUGCUGAAGAUAAGAAGUCUUUUGAUCUAAUAUCACAUAACAGAACAUACCACUUCCAAGCAGAAGAUGAACAGGAAUACGUGGCAUGGAUAUCAGUAUUGACUAACAGCAAAGAAGAAGCAUUAAAUAUGGCAUUCCGUGGAGAGCAGAGCACAGGGGAAAACAGUUUAGAGGAUCUGACAAAAGCCAUUAUUGAUGACAUACAGAGAUUACCCGGAAAUGAAGUCUGUUGUGAUUGUGGCUCACCAGAUCCAACAUGGCUAUCAACUAAUUUGGGCAUUUUAACCUGCAUUGAGUGUUCUGGAAUACACAGAGAAAUGGGUGUUCAUAUUUCUCGAAUCCAGUCUUUGGAAUUAGACAAAUUAGGAACAUCUGAACUCUUGCUGGCCAAGAAUGUAGGAAAUACUAGUUUUAAUGAUAUUAUGGAAGGGAAUUUACCUAGUCCUUCGCCUAAACCCAGUCCAUCAAGUGAUAUGACUGCACGUAAAGAAUUUAUCACUGCUAAAUAUGUAGAUCAUAAGUUCUCUAGGAAGACUUGUACAUCUGCAGCAGCUAAACUGAGUGAAUUACUUGAGGCUGUCAAAUCCAGGGAUUUACUUGCACUAAUUCAAGUCUAUGCAGAGGGGGUAGAGCUAAUGGAGCCACUGUUGGAGCCUGGACAGGUAAGCUUAUCAGGAAAUAGUAUUGUGGCUGUGCUUGGUGCUCACCAGGCUGUCAUAAAGCAACAAACAUCUCAAAGAAUUGCUCUUUUUUGUGUUGUUAAUUUUGUAGUAAACCAAGCUGGAGAGACAGCUCUGGACACAGCAAAAAGAGCGAAAGCUGUCCAGUGUGAGGAACUGCUUUCUCAAGCCAAGGCAGGAAAGCUAAACCCACAUGUUCAUGUGGAGUAUGAAUGGAAUCUUCGGCAGGACGAAAUCGAUGAAAGUGACGAUGACUUAGAUGACAAGCCCAGUCCUAUAAAAAAGGAAAGAUCUCCAAGACCCCAAAGUUUUUGUCACUCUUCAAGCAUUUCUCCACAAGACAAACUGACUCACCCUUCAUUUAGCACUCCCAGAGACAAGCAAAGACUCUCCUAUGGAGCUUUUACCAACCAGAUCUUUGCAAGCACAGACUCACCCACCUCUCCAACUGCCGAUGCUCCUCCUCUUCCUCCUCCUCCUCCUCCUAGAAAUGCUGGCAAAGGCCCACCUUCAACCCUCCCUCUAAGCACUCAAACCUCUAGUGGCAGCUCCACUCUUUCCAAGAAGAGACCACCUCCCCCACCCCCAGGACACAAAAGAACCCUCUCUGACCCACCAAGCCCACUACCUCAUGGACCCCAGAAUAAGGGCCCAAUUCCUUGGGGUAAUGAUUUGGGCCCACCUUCAACUAAGGCUGCAAACAAGUUUGAGGGGAUGUCUCAGCAAUCAAGCACUGGGACUGCAAAGACUGCACUUGGCCCUAGAGUUCUUCCCAAACUACCUCAGAAAGUGGCACUAAGAAAAAUAGAAACCAGUCAUCAUCUUUCAAUAGAUAAAUCGCAUCAGCACAUGGAAAUGUUUCAGAAGCCCUCACUGUCCAUCGAUAUACCACAGAAACCACAGCCUGGAGACUUGCCCCCAAAGCCUCUGCCUCUGGAAUUAACUCAGAAACCUCAAGUAGGAGAUUUACCCCCAAAGCCUGGAGAACUACCCCCAAAGCCUCAGCUAGGAGACUUGCCACCAAAACCACAGCUUGGAGACUUACCUCCAAAGCCACAGAUGAAGGACCUUCCUCCAAAGCCUCAGCUAGGAGAGCUGUUGGCUAAAACUCAAGGUGGAGAAGCAGCACCGAAGCCUCAGCCCUCAGAGGCGAAUCAGAAAUCUCACUCCAUAGAUCUUUCUCCAAAUGUACAAUCCAGAGACACCGUCCAAAGGCAAGCAUCUGAGGAGUCCAAUGACAUCACACAUACCCUGCCAGAAACCCCCGUGCCACUUCCCAGGAAAAUAAAUAUGGGGAAAAACAAAGUUAGGCGAGUGAAGACCAUUUAUGACUGUCAGGCAGAUAAUGAUGAUGAGCUCACAUUUGUUGAAGGAGAAGUAAUUAUUGUAACUGGUGAAGAGGACCAAGAGUGGUGGAUUGGCUACAUCGAAGGACAGCCAGAGAGGAAAGGGGUCUUUCCAGUGUCCUUUGUGCACAUUCUGUCAGACUAGUAAAAACAAACAAAUCCUAAACUUGAGCAUUGCACAUUCUUCAUGCAAGACGGGCUUUUUAGCAAAAGCGAACGCUGCUGCCUCCCUGUAAUCCUGUGCACAGUUGUAUAUAUAGCUGCUGUUACAAAUUAAGAAUUCAUUUAAGUUUCACCUCAUGAGGUUGAAUUAUAUGUAUUGUAAAUAUACUGUGUUAUUCUGCCUUUGCCAGUAUUAUGGUAGCCUUGGAACCUGGCACGCCUUAUUGGGUUUGUUGAAGCCAUCCUCGGCAUCCAGCACUUACAUCCCUGUCCGUGCUGUCCCACACGUAUGGACUGCCAGCUUUCCAACAUAGGUGGUCUCCGUCAACCUUGUAACUGUACAGAAAUGACUGUUCCUAAUAACUUGGUAUUCUCAAUAUACAGUUUAGCAGAAAAGUUAAGAUGAGUGAAUGGUUUUGGACAAUUUAAAAAUCAGUCUGCAGUUCAUAAGUGUAUGCAGUUUACAGCUAUGAAACCCACUUCGAUAUUUAUUUAAUAUAGUGCUCAGUUAAGUGUAAUUAUGAAGACAAAUAUUCACUGACUUUACAGAUAACAGUAAUGUUUUACAGUGUGCAUACAGCAUUUCAUGUUUAUAUUAUGUGAACCUAUGCCAAACUGUGAUUGCAGUUCCCCUGUGAUAUUACCUCACUAUAAAAAGUUACAAAUUUAUUUCAUCUGAAAACUUAUUUUAAUGAAAAUUAGUCAUAUUGUUCUUUAGUAGAUAAAUGUGAAAUUUGCUGGGUUUUUUCACUGAAUUCUUAGUAACCAAGGACUUCUAGCAAAUGUUAACUGUUGACAUUGUGCAUGCAUUUAGACGCUUACUUGAAACCUGCCUUUGUACAAAAGUAGUACUGUAGUCAUAUAGCUACAUUUGAGGAAAAGAACAUUUUAACUUAAUUGCUAUUCAGAUUAAUGUGAGCUUGCAACAGUAUUUGUUUAUAGCUAAAUUGGCUCUUUGAAAAAUGAUUUUGUGGGGUUUUUUUCCUCUGUCUUCAACCUUGCUAAAAGUUAGUUACCUAAAAUAAAUUUUUUAAGUGGUGAUAUAAGUAUAAAUUUAAAUUAUUUUUAAUGCUCUCAAAAGCAGAAGCUAAGAUGACCUCUCGUGCAUUUGAUCAGGCUGUUAAUGAUAGAGCUCAGAUCACAAGUAUCAGGCUGGUUUUCAUAGAGUUCACUAAACUGUGACAGUAAUAGUUGUAACUCAAAGCACCGAGUAACAGACAUGCUGUUAUAAAGCUAAUUUCUAACGAAAUCUUUGGAAGGCUGCAUUUGACCUGAAGUUUCUUGAAAGUUGGUAUAAAGUUGCAUUGCCAGAAAACACUUCAACAUAUUACUGGAAACUUUAAUUUCCUGUGUCACUUUCAACAUCAUUUUUCAUCUUUUGAAACAUCAUGUGAUUGUGUUUUUCCCAUGGUUUGUCUGUAGCAGGUUCCAUGACUUUCAUAUGUAGUUUUGUAUUACUUGCUUUAAAUGUUAUUUUGGCUUCAGUACCUCGUGCUGCUAUUUCAAAGCAGAUUGUCUUGGCUGCAUGGAAAGAUUUUCAUUUCAUAAAAGCAUAUCUCAGACUUUCUGAGAGCUUUCAUUUCUAAUACAGUUUUACAAGACUGUAGUCAGUGAAUAUUUAAUUCUGUUUGUGGUUAAUUUAGAAACAAAUAUCAGUCUAAAUCCCACAUGGAAAAAAAAUGCAAAUCAUUUAUCAACUGUUAAUGGUUUUAUCAUUUAUAAAAAAAAAUAUUUCAAAAAAAAAAAAAUAUGCAAUGAGUGAGCGAGCCUGCUGGCAUCUAAUCUUCAGUAUUACCAGCUCCAGUAUUUCAGACUUUAUUCUGUUUUUUAUGGAAAGAAAGUCAGGUUUAGCAUUUAUUUAGCAUUCAAUUUUAUCCAUUCCUACAAUGUUUUAAGUCGCAUUAAAGAACAAAACCUAUUCACUUUUGUGGUCAAUUGUAUUUUUAAGUGAUCUUGAAAUAAACUGAUAAAUGCAAAUCAUAUAAAGAAAACCUAGGCAUGUAAAAUUAUGUAGAGUCAAAUGUCUAUUCUUUUCUACGCUCUUUAAAAUAGUAUACAUAUGCAUUUUAUAAAAUUAAAUGAGUUCCAUCGGGAACAAUAGUUCUGUUUAUUCUGGCUUAUUGUGGGUCACAAGAAAUCUGAAAAUGUAUGAUAUUGAUUGAGUUUAAGUACAGUAUUAUAUUUGAACUCAAUGAGCCACUGUUUGCAAUUUUGUAUAUGACAUAGUAUUUGGAAAGUCUAAAUCUUUAUGGAAAAUUAGCUGAUAAAGGGUUGGGGGGAGGGGCAGGGGAAGGUGCCCCCAGAGGGGGAAGUUUGCUCUGCAGAUGAUGUCUUAUUUACUGUUGAACAACAGUUGCUAUUUAUUUUUUUAUUACAUAGUACAUCAACAUGUACAGAAAUCAGAUCUGGUCAUGCCACUAGUUAAAAUCUUGACUUCUCAUGGAAUGUUAAGGUAAAACAUCAGUACACAUGUCUAUUCACAUGUAUUUAAUGUGACAGUUUUUGAGUACUGUAUGUGUUAAUUUCUACUUUUUUAAUAUUUAAAAUUGCUUUUAAAUAAAUGUAUUCAGUUGAUCCCAGA